AUGUGUUUUAUGAUGGUACUGCACACAGAUGAAAAAUUGGACAACACUAUUCGGUAUUCUGACAUUUCGACUGAGGUUUUUAUUUCACGGUAUAUAGUCAUAGUUAUCAUUUCGGUAGCAGGUAAUUUAUUCAUUAGUGAAAUAGAACAGUACAUGACACAAUUUAGGCACAUGGAUAUCAUAGGCAUUUGUUUCUCGUUCGCUGUUUUGCAUUCGCAAGUGCACUCGCAAGAAAAGGAUGUGAUAGUUUUAGAGUUUCUGAUAUAUCUACCCUAUCUUAUUGAUUUCGGCUUCGAUAUUUUUGCUUGGUGUCUCUACUAUGUAUAUCAUGUGUCAAAAUACUACACUUUCCGCAGUAUUAUUCAGUAUUUGGUAUACUUACUCUCUCUUACAAUGCUUUUGAUUACGGCAGUCAUGUCUUGUGGACUUCUCAUCCAAAACCAAGCUGGUGGGAUAGGAAAUCAGUUAAGCGCACACCAAUAUAUAACAACACGCGUUGAUGUCGUUAGGCCAGUGGAUAGGGUAGAGUCCUUUCAAGUGAACUCCGAUUACCAAACUACAUUAAAUACACAAACGAAACCUCGGUGUCCUGAAUCCUCCUACACUGCCACGAAGACUGUCAUGUGGCGUUAUCCAGGCGAGGACAUACAAAUGAAAUGCCAAUACGAUAUAGAUAUUGAAGAUUUUAGCUCUGCAACACCUGAAACUUUGUGGUUUCGUGAUAAACAAGUGCUGACAAUUGCAGAGAGACAUAGAGUGGAACUUGGUUAUGAAAUGAUUGGUUCAACCUACCAGGUUACAAGUUUGUUAACAAUUUUGAUGGCUGAUAGUAAGGACUUUGCAAUUUACGAAUGUUGGGGAGAAAACCGAAGUAUGCAUUCGAAACAAAGUUUGAGCUCUCAUAUCUUGACUUUGCGAGCAUUCUUCAAUAUAACACAAAUAUCACAUGUUAAAAAAACAGUGUUUGCCCCAGUUGGCUUGUUAAUGACCGUGCAACCGAUGGACUAUUACAUUUUUAGCCACGAUACUAUCAAAUUCAAUCACAUGGUGGAAGGGUUAACAGAACGUCUAUUUGUACCUCAUUACCACAGCGUCUUGUUCGGUGGAUGCAGUCCAUUGACUGCCCUUUAUAGUUCCAUGUAUUGUUAUGUUUUCUCGAAAUCCAAAUGUAUCAAACUUCCUUUGUCAGAAGUUGAAUUCAAAAAUGCAUAUUUAUUUCAAUAUUCGUAUCAUUUCUGUACGCAUCCACAAAACCUCUGUAAACACACGAUGCAGAUUGAGAGAAAUGUACGGAAUGGAAUAACUGGAGAUAUGGAACAUCAUGUGUAUGAUUUACCUUUGUCUGUCAACUUGGUUCCAGAUACACGAUUUCUCUACAUGGAAAUGGACAAUCGUAGUUACACAGAUGACAUAUCAGUAGCGAAUCAAAACUCCCUGCGAACUUGGCAUGUAAUAUUUGAAGUCUUCUGGUGGAUCAGAAUGGUUAUAGAGUGCUGUUUGAUAGGGAUGUUACAUGUCACCAUGUCGUAUAUGCUUUCAAAAGUGUGGGAUUUCAUGAUGAAAUACUUGGUUAUACGAAUGAAAAGAAUUAUCCUGAAGCGAACUAAUUUGACAACCGACAUCCUGCAAAAGAAACGAGAAAAUUACCGUAUGUACGAUGCGCUCAUACUGCACCAUGAAGAAGAUCAAGAUAUUGUUCGCGAUUGCAUUGUUACACCACUGGAGAAGGCAGGACACCGGAUUCUGUUCCCUGCGAGAGACUGGGCUGAUAAAGGUAACAAACCAGCAUACAAGAUUCACGCAGGUGCAAUAGAAACUAGUAAAGGAAUUAUUGUAGUAUAUUCCGACAAAUUCAAAAGUGAUCCGUUUUGCAUGCGUACUUAUCUUGAAAGCAUGACGAUUGCGCGCGUUCAACAUGGCUACUUGAGCCAAAACAGUGUUUGUAUUGUCUCGCUUCAACCUUGUGCACGUAUUCCGCGUGAUGUAGAGAUAGCAUUGCCGAAAGUACAUUUUCUGAACUUAGUGCGAAAACGGAAAAAAGGCAGGCAAGUGGACACAUUUGAAGAUAUGUUAAAGAAAUGGAUCCAUUGA